CGGGACGUUUUUUUUUUUUUAAGGGGGUCUGAGGGGUCCGAACGUGCUGCUCCUUGAUCAAAUCUUUCCUUGGCCAUGCCGGCGGCGAACUUGCUGCUCAUCAUUGCGACUUGCACACAUCAAACAUGGGCAGGACCACCAAAUCAGCCAUAGUCCCCAUUACAUCCCCAAUUCACCCACACCAGACUCUGUGUCCUCCCCCAUCCCGCCGUAGACUCCUCCACAACCACCGCCCCCUUUCAACAUGGCUGGCCAAACAGGAUGAACUAAAAAAAAAAAAAAAAUCAAAUUGCCAGCAGUUGCUGUCUUCGGAAGUCUGCCUUCAAAUCACGUGGACGAUUAUAAAAAUAAUUAAUAAUAUAACAAAAACAAAGAAGAAAAGACAAAAGGAGGUAUGUUGUCUGCCUUGAAAUCAAGUGGAGGAGAGAUGCACAACAGAUGCAGGAGAUAUGGAGGAGAGAUGGAGAGAUGGAAGAGAAAGGUGGUGAAUGGAGGAGAAAUGAAGGUGGAGGGGAUACGAGAGGGAGAUGGGGAUAUAGAGGAGAGAUGGAGGGGAGAGGGCGAGAUACGGAGGUGGAGGAGAGAUGGACAUGGAGGAGAAAGGUGGAGAGGAGGAGGACGUGGACGACGAGGGCGACAAGGAAGGGGAAGAGGACGACCUGAAGGAGGAGGGCGACGAGGACGACGAGGAAGGGGAGGAGGAGGAGGAGGAGGAGGAGGAGGAGGAGGAGGGCAACGAGGGCUGCGAGGAAGGGGAGGAGGAGGACGAGCGGGAGGAGGAGUGAGACGAGGGCUCGAUAGAUUCGUUACCUGGGUGGGAGAGGAGGAGGACGUGGACGACGAGGGCGAAGAGGAAGGGGAGGAGGAUGACCUAGAGGAGCAGGGCGACGAGGGCGACGAGGAAGGGGAGGAGGAGGAGGAGGAGGAGGAGGGCGACGAGGGAGACAAGGAAGGGGAGGAGGAGGAGGAGGAGGGCGACGAGGGUGACGAGGACGGGAAGGAGGAGGAGGAGGAGGAGGAGGAGGGGAAGGAGGAGGAGGAGAACGAGGAGGGCGACGAGGGCGACGAGCUUGAGACUAAUAAGUACAAGUCCGUGCGCGAACUCACCUCUGCCAUCAAGCGCCUGAUUGUCGUCCCCGGGGUACGCUAUGAUCCGCGGGUCUUAAUGACCCUGUUCUUGAGAUGUCUUCCCACAUACGUCAAGAACUUGUUAGCCAACGAGGCUCGGCUCGAGUAUCUCACAUUUGAGACCUUUAGCAAGGCGGCUCUAAAUCUGAAGGCCACGCUAGGAGGUGCUCAACAACUCCAUACGGACGGAAGAAAGAAGAAGAGUCCACAAGAGUGGAAGAAGAAGCGAAGUCGAUUGAUGAUGGUUGAUGUCGGCGGUACUCAAACUGAGAUCGGCGACUUUUCAAACUUAGUGGAUGGUUUAGAGUUUGACGGCGAGGAUCGUGUUGAGGGUAGCAACCUUGCUGCAUUAGUAAAGGUUAAUGUAGGUGGCCGCAGCAAGGGCGGUCAACAGAGGAGUCAGGGGCAAACCCAGAAACUGAACAAGAGAGCAAUUCGGAUUAGAGCGGGUUUGGAUCAAGGUGCGCCGAUUACCGAGUUUGGCUUAUCUGACAAUGUCACUCGAUUCUUGGUGGAAGCCUACAAGGAAGACCCUGUCAUGAUGGACAUCAUGCGCAAACUAGAGGCCCAAGAGAAGGCCACAUCUAACGAGUUUGUGAUGGUGGAUGGGUUGCUCUUUCUUGAGAAGGAAGGAUUCAAGAGGAUGACUAGGAUGCUGGAUGAGAAGUUGCCUCUCGUCGCCAGUCGGUACAACAAUGUUGUACAUAGCACCACCGGCGCUUUCCCAAAGAAUCUUUAUCCAUUGUUGGAAGAGUGCAUGCCUUUCUAUUUAAUGCUAAAGCGGCAUGCAAUUCAACCUGAGACCGCCGAGAGCAAUGGAGUUGCAUCGGAUGGACCUUCAGUGCUGCUGUCUUCACGUUCCCAGCUCUCACAGAGCCCCCGUCUUCUUGUGCCAAAGAAUGAGCAGCUACUUGUCUGGGUGGAUGGGCAACUUCUACCACGUGAAGACGCUCGGGUAUGGAUGCCUUUCCCUCUUCCGUAAUGCGUACCACUUGGGUCUUUCUGGAAAACCAUGGGAUCACAUUUUGUUUGUGAAGUGUGCUGAUCACCAUGGUAUUGGAUUGCAUA